CACCAAAAUGGACGCCCCCCCUCAAAAAAGAUGCGCACUCUCAUGGACGACGACAGCUCCAGCGACUCUGGCGAUGAUGCUGGUGGUGUCUCCAUCAACAAGUCCGCCGAUGUUGGCUUCAAGAUCAACGAAGACUACGCCAAGCGAUUCGAGUACAAUAAAAAGCGAGAGGAAGUUCAGAAAUUGGAGACGAAGUAUGGCAAGACCACCAGCCUAGGAAGACGCCACGCCGAUGAAGAAUCAGACGAGGAUUCUUCCUCCGACGAGGACGAGGAUGAUAAUGCCGAGCUCGCAACGGUGGCGCUUGAUGCCGAGAUUAUGGCAACUUUGAAUGCGAUCCGCUCCAAGGACCCCCGUGUCUACGACGCCAGCGCUACAUUCUACUCCAAAUUCGAUGAGGACGAGGCCAACGCCGAGCCCAAAGAAAAGAAAGAGAAGCCCAUGACACUGCACGAUUACCACCGCAAAAACCUACUGAGCGGUGCCCCUGUCGAAGAUGAUGUGCCCAUGACCUUUGCGCAGGAGCAAGCCGAGUUGAAGAAUGCGCUUGUCAAGGAGCUGCACGCGUCAGACGAUGAGAUGGAAGAUGCAGAUGAUUUCUUGGUCCGCAAAUCUGCCCCCGAAGUUCUCGACAAGUCCGAGAUCAAGCUGGAUAUCAAGAAUGCCGACAAAGACCCCGAGACUUUCCUCUCAAACUUUAUGUCCUCUCGCGCAUGGGUUCCUGAGGAUAACACACGAGAGCUUCACCCAUUCGAGUCGGAUGAUGAAGAUGAGGUGGAACGGGCCGAUGCCAUGGAGGAGGCUUACAACUUCCGCUUUGAGGAUCCGAACAAGCUCAAUGAGGUGCUGGUUACCCACUCUCGUGAAGCUACCAACAAACAAUCAGCCCGAAGAGAGGAGAAGAGCACACGUAAGAAGCUUCGUGAGGCCGAACAACAGCGUAAAGAGGAGGAAAAGAAGCUGCGUGAUACUGAGAAGAACCGACUUCGCAAGCUCAAGACUGAGGAGCUGCAGAACAAGGUUGAGCAGAUCAAGGAAGUCGCUGGGCUCAAAGCAUCCAGAUUUACUGAUGCUGACUGGGCUCGAUUCCUUGAUGAUGCUUGGGAUGAUAAGGAGUGGGAAAAGGAGAUGGAUCAGCGAUUCGGCUCACAGUACUACGAUGAAGGUGUCUCUAAAGAUAGCAAGAAGCAUCCCAAGAAGCCCGAAUGGGACGAUGAUAUCGAUAUCACAGACUUGAUCCCAGAUUACAAGGAAGAUGAUGAAGAGGCACCUGCUCUUAACUCUGGUGAAGAAGAUGAAGCUGAGGACGCAGAGGCCUCCAGCUCUAAGAAGCAGAGCAAGGCCCAGGAUAAGCGUGACCAGAAGCGCGAUGCUCGCAAGGAGCGUCUUCGUAUCCAAGAAGCCGUCGACCGCAAUCUGGACCUUGAUAUCACUCUCCUUCCCGGUGCUACCAAGAAGAAUGCCACUCAGUUCCGUUACCGUGAGACUUCACCUCAGAGCUUUGGCUUGACAGCACGGGAUAUUCUGAUGGCCGACGAUACCCAGCUCAACCAAUUUGCUGGUCUGAAGAAGCUUGCCUCUUUCCGUGAUGCCGAGAAGAAGGCCAAGGAUGAGAGGAAGCUUGGUAAGAAGGCUCGUCUUCGCCAAUGGCGCAAGGACACCUUCGGUGAUGAGAAUGGUCCUGCUUUUGAGUUUGGUUCCAAGCCCCAGCAGGAUGAGGUGAAUGAGGAGGCAGAUGACGGAUUGAAGGUUGAUAUCCGUGAAGGCGAUGGACGCAAGAAGCGCAAGCGAUCUAAGAAGCAUUGA